GGGAGGAGAAAGGGGGGAGGAGGAGAAAGGAGGUGGGGAAGGGGAAAAAAAGGGGAGGGGCGAGUUUCUCCCCAGGCCUAUGGAGGAGGGUGAGGGGCGAUGUACCCCUUCCACGCUGCUGGGGUCAGUGGAAAAUCAGGCCUCUGAAAACCAAACUCGCUGAUUAAUCACCUCAUAUGCGUGACGUCACAGUCAAGAUUUGUGACGUCAUACAGGCCAGCCAGCAUUCUCCCACCUCCACCUCUAUGAGAAUAUGGCUCAUAUACAUAUUGAAGAGGGCAAAGGCACGCAACGUCAGGCGGGGCGUCCUGACGCCACCGCGCCCCUCACAGCGAGGGAGCCGCGUGCGCACAGGCUCCCACCCCACCCCGCCUACGGCCAACCGGCUACGUGCGCAUGCGCUGAGGGCUCACGCCCGGCUGUCUCCCGGCCUGACCGUGACGCACGUGCGGCCGCCAAGAUGGUGGUGGGCGCGUUCCCCAUGGCGAAGCUGCUGUACCUGGGCGUGCGGCAGCUGAGCAAGCCGCUAGCCCAAAGGAUUAAGGAGGGGGCGCGCCGGAGCCAAUUCUUUCGGACCUACAUCUGCCUGCCACCCGCCCAGCUGUACCACUGGGUGGAAAUGCGGACAAAGAUGCGGAUCCUGGGCUUCCGAGGAGUCACAAUUAAACCCCUAAAUGAGGAGGCAGCAGCAGAACUGGGGGCCGAGCUGCUCGGCGAGGCCACCAUCUUCCUGGUGGGUGGCACCUGCCUGGUCCUGGAGUACCUCCGCCAUUCCAGCCAAACCCGACGCAAGGAGGAAGAGCAGCGUGAGGUCUUGGAAUCGUUUCAGCAAGAGCUGAACAUCCUGACCUUGAAUGUGGAAAUCCUACAGACUCAGCAGCGAGAGGUCUCCCGGCACCUGGGGACCAUUGAUGAGCUGCAGACCCAGGUCAAAGCACUCAAGGAACUACUCGAAAAAAAGGAGAAAUAAUGCCCAGGCCUGCUUCCCGGGGAUGCUGCCAUCGUCUCCCCUCUGCACAGUGACCCCUGCUGGCAGCAUGUUCUUUUGGGCCCCCUUGAAUGGGAUGGUUGGCCAGCAGCCAUGGUACCUCCCUUUGGAGCAAAGCACUUCUUGGGCAUUCGAUGGUCCUGUGUGACAUUUCCCAUUCCCUCCCCCAUCUCCACCCCCUUAGUCUGUGUGUUUCUUCUUAUGGGGUUGGCUGUACUCUCCACUUCAUGUUCUGCUGGCGUCCCCCUGGGCAUAAAGAAUUGGCCAGUGGGCUACUGUCCUGUAGUCAUCUCCACCUUCCACCCCCUCAGCCUUCCUCACAUUGGAAUCUUCUUCCCCAGCUCCCCAAACCCAUUCCCUUAUAUCAGGCAUCUGCUCACCUUCUUCCCUUUCCCUAGUGCAUUAUAUUAAGAAUCCUCCACUCCACCAACAUGGGAUAUUCCCAUUGAACCUGCCCCCUCCAUAUCCUCGUCCCUUGGACCCAUCCAUGUGAUGGUCCAGCUUGGCAUUUCUACUCCUCUACCCCCUUUUUUGGUCCAUGGAGAACUCCUGUCUUUUGGGGGUAUCUCACUGGAGAUCUCUUAUCCCAGACUGUUCCCACCAGCCCUAGACUAGCCUUCCUUGGGUUAUCUUGAUUCUUGAUUCUUGAAAUGGGAUGGUCUCAUGUGUCCUUUUUUCUUGGGUUUAGUCUGUGAAUCCAUACCCUCCCCACUACAGGUAGUGACCCUUCCCUCUUCAGCCUCCUGUUCACCCCUCCCUAGGAUUCCACCUUCCAUCCCACUGCUGACACCGGGUGUGGAAUGUUUCCAAAUUUCCAAAAUCUUCACUCCCCUGGGUUGAUGUCAGCAGUAACCCAUGCCCAUCCUAAAUCCCACAUGAAAGGUUCUGACAGAUCUGCCUUUCUGCACCCCUUCCCCCCUCCCAGGUAGAAGGAGCCCUCAUUUUCCCAGUGGAAUGUCAUACAGGGCUUCUCUUCACCACCUUCCCACAGGGCGGGGGACACCCCUUCAUUGUUUUCUGGCACUGGCAGUGUGGAGGGGAGAGAUAUCUCCUCACUGGUGGCUGCUUCCAUCUUCCCCCGGGAAGAAGCUGCUAAUGGUAUUGGAGGAAGAGUGGCAGAGGGCAGGGCUCUCCCAGGUCUGAUUAUAUUUUUUAUGACUAUGAAUACUUCACAAUUAAAGGAGGGGAGGGCCUUGGCCUCACAAAUAACUCAAUA